AUGGAACUACUACCUCAGCUAUUGAUAAUAGCCAGCUGUGUAAUUUCGAUAUCGAUUAUUGACCAAGGUGUAGUACAGGCUAUACCCACAACAACAACAACAGCCCCGGCUAAGCCGCAAGUUAUUACCAAAGAUAUUGCCCGCUAUGCCAAGGCCGCAGAGAUACGCAACUACAUGAAUGUAUCGGAGGAUCCCUGUCACAAUUUCUAUACCUUCACCUGUGGUAAUUAUUAUCGCAUAAAUCCACCCAAUAAGCUGCCUUAUCAAUCGAAUACCUUUCAAACCAUAUCGACUUCGUUAAAUCGUAAAAUUUCCACCCUGCUCAAUCGGCCGAGAAGUGAGGAAUAUGACAGCGACACCGAUAUGAAGGUGAAGAGGUUUUUUGAAUCCUGCAUGAAAUCGAAUAAUACCCGUAUAUGGUAUCGUGUAAAUAUGAAACAGAUUAUUGAGGAGUUUGGAAAAAUGCCCGCCUUGGAGGGUGAUAGAUGGCGUGAGGAAGAUUUCGAUUGGUUGAGGGUUAUAGGGGAGAUUGCCUAUAAAUAUGAUAUUCGUAUUAUUUUGGGUCAUUUCAUACAAGUGGAUUUGGCGAAUAAUACCGUUAAUCGGCUGAGUGUGGUCAUGCAAGAUAUCCCGCUGGAAUCGACUUCUAUAUAUACGGAUGCGGUCCACAAAUCAUUUCGUGAGGCAAGGGUGCAUGUUAUGACCAAAAAUUUGCGAUCAGCCCUGGGCUUGGACGACAAAUUGGCCAAGAAGACAGCUCGUGAAAUAUUUGAAUUUGAAACGAGGCUAUUUGCCGGUCAGAGUUUAUCGGAUGAUCAUAAUGCUGUAGUUCAAGAUCAAAACGAAUACGCAGACGAAGAAGAAGAGGAGGAGGAAGGCGACGAAGAAGACACACUGGAGGAUGAUUCAUCAAUGCAACUUAAUCUCACCACCAUUGAUGCAAUGCAGGAAAGGUAUAUGCCCCAAUUGGAUAUUCGGCGAUUACUCAACAUCUCUCUGGGCCAUGUACCCGCAGAACCGCUCUACGAUUUAAUCGAAGAUGAUGCGGAAAAUAUAAUCACGACAAUAUUGGAGACACCCAAACGCAUUGUGGCCAAUUAUAUUUUCUAUUAUUUAAUUGAUGAAUUUCUAUUGCCCGAACCCAGACAGGAAUCAGAUCUGGAGACCUUAUGUAUACGCCGUACGAAAAAUCAUUUUGCCAAGGUCAUGGAUAAUAUGGUGUAUCGCCAUUAUGCCAGCAAUCAAACCCAACAGGAUGUACAUGAAAUGUGGCAAACGAUAAAGAGUACCUUCCGCAGUGUCCUGCAAUCGGAUAAAUUGAAAUGGAUGCAUCCGGAUACGCGUAAAUAUGCCCUGGAGAAAUUGCAAACCAUACGCAUGGAGCUGAAUACCUAUGAAAGUUCGAAUUUCACCGAAGAAUUCGGUCCAUUGGAAAUUAAUCAAAUCGACUACAUUGGCAAUAAGAAAAAUAUUCUCAGACUUAAAGCCAAACAGACCAGGGCCAAAUUAUAUGAACCACCACGUCCCUAUGAUGAUCCCGAAUCGUUGUCCUUUACCCCGGUUUACAUUACCACAGAAAAUCUCAUUAAGGUACCCGUCUCAGUUCUACAACCCUAUUUCCUUUGGUCGAAUUUCUAUCCCAAUGCCUUGAAAUUCGGCACCUUGGGUUUCCUAAUGUCUCAUGAGCUAAUACACGGUUUCGAUGAAGAAGGCCGGUCGCACGAUGCCCAGGGCAAUAAACAAGAAUGGUGGGAUCAGGCGUCCAAUGAUUAUUUUGCCAAUCAAACGGAAUGUUUCAGCAAACAAUAUCGUAAAUUUAUUUACGGUGGCAAACCUCUACCCGAAUUAGAUUCACAAUCGGAAAAUAUAGCCGAUAAUGGUGGAAUACGCCUUGCGUACGAUGCCUAUUUACGUUGGUAUGAAGAUGCUGUACGAUCGUAUCGUAACAUGGAUGACGAGCUAAUGCCACGCCUCCUCAAUUACACCAGUAAGCAGUUGUUUUUCAUCGGCUAUGGGCAACUGUGGUGUAGUGCCACCCAUCCAUCGCUACGGAAUUUUGUCUCCUCCACUGAUGAUCAUGUGCCGGGAAAAUAUCGUGUCAUUGGCCCGCUGAAAAAUCUUGCAGAAUUCUCAAAAGAAUUUAACUGUCCCAUUGGCAGUGAUAUGAAUCCGAAGAAGAAGUGUAUAAUUUAUUAG